AUGUUGAAGCCACUGUUUCUUCUGAUCCUUUGGAUUCCACGCCAGCUUUUUUCCUAUCUGAAACAGAUCUGGUCACUCAAACGCUACCCGCCAGGACCUUUUCCACUUCCUGUGGUGGGAAGUAUGUGGCGGCUGCUUGGGAUUGGUGUUUCAGAGGCGACUUUCAGAAAGCUGGCCAAGCGAUAUGGGAACAUCUGUUCUCUCUGGGGAGGCCCUUAUCAUAUUAUAAUCCUUUCUGGAUACCAAGCUGUGAAAGAAGGACUGAUUGACCAUUCAGAAGCCUUUGCGGAUCGCCCGAUCACCCCUUUCGUUUUAGCUUCCACUCAAAAAAGGGGUAUUGUCUUUUCAAAUGGUCACAUCUGGGAGCAGCAAAGACAGUUUGGUAUUGUUACCAUGAGGAAAUUGGGACUGGGGAAUAAAGGCAUGGAAUCGCAGAUCCAAGAGGAAGCCCAACAGCUUAUGGAAUUCUUUGCUGAGACAAAAGGCCAGCCGUUUGACCCAUCACUACCCAUCAUGAGAUUAGUUUGCAGUGUGAUUUGUACUGUAGCUUUCGGACAUCGUUUCUCUAUUGACGAUAAGGACUUCCUGGAGUUGAUGAAAGCCAUUUCGAUUGCCUUAAAAUUUGGAGGCAAUCCCUUCUACGUACUCUAUGAGGCUUUCCCAAAUAUAAUGAAGCAUCUACCAGGCCCUCACCAGACGGCCCUGUCUGCUCUGGAGACGAUCGUUUCCUUUGCCAGGAAGGAGAUCGCGCAGCAUAAGGAGAACCAGAACUUGCACGAACCACAGGAUUUCAUUGAUUUCUAUCUGUUGAAAAUGGAGAAAAAGAAGGAUGAUCCCGAUUCCACUUAUAAUGAAGAUAACUUGGCUCUCUGCAUCACUGACCUCUUUAUUGCUGGGACAGACACAACUUACGCCUCCCUGACAUGGGCAAUGCUUCUCAUGGCAAACAAUGUGGAUGUACAAGAUAAAGUUCACAAGGAGAUGGAUGAAGUUUUUGGUUCUUUGCCCUCAAUCUCUUACCAAAAACAGAAAAAACUGCCUUACACCAAUGCAGUCAUUCAUGAGAUCAUACGAAAAAAAUAUCCCUUCCUAUUUGGGCUUCCCAGGCAAUGUGUACAGAAUGUUGAGCUGAAUGGUUUUCUCAUUCCCAAGGGUGCUGUCAUUUUUCCAGACUUACGUUCUGUUCUUUUGGAUCCUGAACACUGGGAAGCACCUGAAGAGUUCAAUCCAAAUCAUUUUCUGGACAAGGAAGGACAUUUUGUGGAAAAAGAAGCAUUUCUUCCCUUUGGAGCAGGAGCUCGGGCCUGCUUGGGAGAACUCCUGGCAAAGACUGAAUUCUUCAACAUUUUUACCAGGCUGCUGAGACAUUUUAGGUUGGAGCCACCAGAAGGUGUGGAAAAGCUGAGUGAAAAAUCUAUCAUCGGGGUGUCUGUGCAUCCCGCUCCUUUUAAGAUUUGUGCUCUUCCUCGUGUCAGGACACCAUAA